AAGUAGUAGUUUAUCUGAUACAUUUAAACUCCAAGGACGAAGUUUCGACUCCGUUACUGACUUACUGAUGUCAGUAUGUGGUAAAAAACGCCUAUCCCAUCUAGAUUAUUACAAAACGUCUAAAAAUGUAUUUUUGAUUUUUUAUACUAUAAAUUUUGACAAUUAUAUUUAACAAUAAAAAGUAAGUAACAAAAAUGUCAGUGAAUUUGACGAAGAAUAAUGACUCUCUGGUGGCUGCCUGGAAGAGUGUCGUCGAUGACAAGUCAUCAGUUAACUGGGCGGUAUUUGGAUACGAGGGUGGAACAAAUAAUUUAAAAGUAGUGGGAACUGGAGACCGAGGGCUGCAACAAAUGAUCGAUGAAUUAAAUAGCGGAGAAAUUCAGUACGCAUUUUGUCGUGUCAUUGACACGAAAACCAGUUUGCCAAAAUGUGUGCUAAUAAAUUGGCAAGGGGAAGGUGCGCCGAUAGUGAGGAAAGGGACGUGUGCCAACCACAUUCGAGAUAUCGAAAGACUGCUGAAAGGUGCUCAUAUAACAUUAAACGCCAGAUCUGAAGAUGACGUCGAAAUUGAUUUUAUAAUGGAGCAGUUGGCUAAAGCAACAGGAUCUACUUACAAAUUUCGCGAGCCACGUGGUAAGGAUGUGGGAAAUUCCGGACCUGUUGGUACAACUUACAAGCGAGUGAUUCCAGAGCAAGAGAUAAAUGCUACUGAGAGAGACGAGUUCUGGCAGAAGGAAGAGAUGGAGGAAAAAGCAAGAGUCGCUGAGGAGAAACGUCGGCUGGAGAAAGAACGUCAGCAGCUGGAGUUGGAAGCUAGAUCACGGGAAGAACAACAGAGCAAACUUCGAGAGCAGGCUGCUGCUGCUGCUGCAACCUCUACAACGCAGGAAAUAAAUCAACGAACUCAAAUAAAAUCUGAACAACGCGCUCAAGAAGUCAAAAAUUUACGCAAUCAACAGCUCGCAUCAGCAGCCGUUCAGCAAAACGGCUCCGAUUGUGAUGAAGAGCAUAAAUCACGUAGCGAAGAGUUGCGCCGACUGAGGAGUACUGAGACCCAACAAUUGAUUGCGCAGCGUACAAUUAAUGCGCGUGCGGUCUUUGAACAACAUUCAGCCGCUGGACAAAUGACAGCACCAACUUACGCUCAUCAAUCUACUCCAGUUCCAAAGUCUAUUGUCAAAGAACAGCAGGCUAAAAUUUUUGAGAAAAUUAUUGAUUCAGCAAAAGAACCAGCAUCAGUACCAGCGCCAGCACCGGUACCAGUAUCAGCUCCAGUGCAGGCUUCAGUGCCAGUCUCAGCACCAGUACCAACUCCAGUACAAGCUCCCGUGCCAGUGCCUUCAGAACCAGCACUGCCAAAAGUCGAUCUUAUUAAAGAAAUUCCACAUGUUGAACCGAACCCACCCGAGACUAAGGAGCAACUUAAUAAUCAACAGCAGCAACAAGCUGUUAAUAAUAUUUAUAUAAUGAAAGAUGAUGUUGAACUGGAAAAUAAUCAGCCCCUUGAAACUAUCGAAGCUGAACUUUACAAUCAAUUAAGCGCCGAGAGCGAUUCCUAUUUAUUCUUUGAUCCAAACAAUGAAGGCAUGAAAGCACGUGCUUUGUACGAUUACCAGGCCGCCGAUGAUACCGAAAUUACUUUUGAUCCUGGUGACAUUAUAACACACAUUGACGCUAUUGACGAAGGAUGGUGGCAAGGACUAGGACCUGACGGCACUUACGGCCUCUUUCCUGCCAACUACGUCGAGGUCAUCGACUACGCUAAUACUUGAUAGACCAACUCGAAUUAUUGUUGACUCAUUUUAACUCCAUUCAUUCAUUAAUUGAUUGAUUGAUUGAUUGAUUGAUAAUAUAACGUAUAUAUUAAAUAAUUAUUUGGUACAUAGAUAUAAUUCGCAGAUCAUUCAGAUAAUCGCUCUUUCGGUUUUUAAAUUAUUUAUCAACGGUGCAAUAAUGGAAUUGGUAAUUUAGUACACGAGUAAAUAUUAUUUAUAAUUUUUUUUACAAUACUUUGAAUAAUUGCCACAGUAAUUUUGAAUCUUAACAAUUGUACUUAAAUGUUUAUUAACAUUUUAAAUACCAGGCAAUUGAAUACUUUAAAUUGGCACAUUUGAAUUGAAUUUGAACAGCAAAUAGUUGUCAUAUCGAUUAAAAUAAUAAUAAAAUAUAUUUACAGACAGUAAUUAGUUGAAUAUUUACAAAUAUUGUAAUAAUACUUCCAGACUAAUCUGCACGAUUACUUUUUUUAAAAAAAUAGUUCUAGUCCAAGUCGAUGAGGUUCAUUAAAAAAUUACUCCAAUUAUUGCAUUUAUAUAAAAAAAAAAAAAUAAUAAUUAUAAUUAUUAUAAAUGAGUAAUAAAAAAUAACAUGACAGAUCUCAGACUUAACGACGCGGUAUUAAUUGUCAGUAAUUCAAACAAUAAAAAAUAAAAGCAAUGAAAUUGUAAAAGCAAAUCGUGGUGGAGAUUUAAAAUAAAAAUAAAUUCGUGGUAAAGAAUUUUUUUAUUCAGUAUUUGUUGAAAAAAAAAAACAAAUAAAAA